AUGAGUGAGGUGACAAAAGUUGAGGGGAAAAAGAAUGUCCAAGAUAUUGCUAGUGCAGAUGAUAAGAGGGAUAUGUUCAUGCAGAUAAUACAAAUGACUUUUACGUCUCACGAGGAUGCGUAUGAUUUCUACAACAGCUAUGCUGGAGAUAAUGGUUUCAGCAUUAGAAAGAAUAGGGUCAGACAAGGAAAACAUGACAGCAGGUUGCUAACCGAGGAAGGACACAGCCGUAGGCUCAGACCCGAGACACGCUGCCACUGCGAAGCACACCUGACCGUGAAGCUUGACCAAAAGCGUGGGGUUUGGUAUGUUGAUAGUUUUGAGGACAAGCAUAGCCAUAUCUUGGCAGGACCGGACGAGGUACCUUUUCUUUGGUCCCACAGAAAAAUCAAAGAGUACCAGAGAGCUGAGAUACUGUCCAUGGGAGCUGCAGGGAUUAGAAUUCACGACAUGAUGGAUUCCUUCAUCAGCAAACAUGUAUGGUAUGGCCGUGUUGGUUUUACCAGGCGUGAAAUAUACAACCUUUGCGCCAGGGAGAAGAGGAAGCUGCUUUCAAAAGGUGAUGCUGCCAUAGUCAUAGGCAUCAUGGUCAGUAGGAAACAGAGGGAUCCUAGCUUCUUUUUCGAGUACAAGCUAGACAAGGAAGGACAUAUGAAUAGGAUGUUCUGGUGUGACUCCCAGUCUCGUCAUGACUAUGAGGACUUCGGUGACGUGCUUGUAUUUGACAGCACGUACAAGAUGAACCGGUAUGGUACGCCAUUCAUACCCUUUGUUGGUCUUAACAAUCACCGGAAGACCACUGUUUUUGCUUGUGCCAUAGUUUCGGACGAGACCGAAGAGACAUAUGUGUGGCUGCUGGAGACUUUUUUGAGGUCCAUGUGUCAAAAGAUGCCGAAGAGUAUUAUCACGGACGCCGACGCUGCGAUGAUCAAGGCAAUUCGCCAAGUCUUGCCAGACGUGUGGCACCGUAUAUGUACGUGGCAUAUAGAAAAAAUAUGA